AUGGUGGGCAAAAAAUCCGGAAAGGCUCUCCUUCGGGAUGAAGGCCUUGAAAGGACGGAUAACAACAUGGAAUUGUCGAACUGGCCUCAGGUUCCCCCGAUCAACCAGAAGAACUAUUAUACAGACUACCUCAAGCGCGAUGAUCAAUAUCUGGCUUUCAGACUCCAAAAUGAAGAGAAUCGGAAUCGAAUGGCCAAAAACGCCAAAGAUCGGGACCGUGCCCUUGCCAUGGCAAAAGCGAACGACCUAGGUCUGCCCGAAGCGGAAGCGGAUGUGGAUGGCGACGCGAACAUGGAAGACUCAGAGGAGUCUAGCUCCGAAACGAUUGGUUCGAAAGUGAUUGUGAUACAUGUCGGCAGUCAGAACUUGCGAAUUGGCCUCUCCAGCGACGCUUUGCCGAAGACGGUCCCUAUGGUGAUUGCGCGAAAAGCCGCAACGAGUGAAUCGGAAGAUCGGGAUGAGCCUUAUCCCAAAAGGCUGAAGCUUGAUGACGGCUCCGAAAUGGAGCCAGAGAAAAUGUUUGGUCCGGAGUUUGCUUCGCAGUACACGGCAAUGUCCGCAGAACUCAAGGCGCACAUGCGCCAGAACAAGCGCCGAACUCUCCCGAACUCAAAAGAAAUGGUGAUCAAUUACAAUCGAAGAACGGUCCCGGAGACCAUCUCGGAACACAACGAUCCCUCGCGUAUUGAGUGGACGGAGAUCCCCGAUCCGGCGCCGGAAUACAUUGCGGGCCAAGACGCCUUGAGGAUCCCGGAUGCCUCUAAGCCUCGCUACAAGCUGUGCUGGCCGAUGAGAUACGGGUGGUGCAACGAGAGAGACUACGAAAGCAAACGACUCAUGUUCUUAGACAUUUCGUUGAUUCUGGAGGAGGCCAUCAAAACCCAACUCGGCCUCACGAGUAAGAAGGAGUGGCCUCAGUACUCGUGUGUAUUCGUCAUUCCAGACCUUUAUGAGAAGUCGUAUGUGUCUCAGGCGCUGGAGAUGCUUAUGAGGGAGUUCGCGUUUGCGCGCACAUGCUUUAUCCAAGAGAGUCUGGCGGCUGCCUUCGGGGGCGGGUUCACGUCUGCCUGCGUGGUCGACAUCGGUGCUCAGAAGACCUCGAUCUGCUGCGUGGAGGAAGGCAUGUGCAUUGAAAACUCCCGGGUGAAUUUGAAAUAUGGCGGAUCCGACGUCACCGAGACGUUCGUCAAGAUGAUGCUCUACGACCAUUUCCCUUACGCCGAAAUCAAUCUAUGGCGCCGGUAUGAUUUCUUGCUAGCGGAGGAGUUGAAAAAGAAUAUCUGUACCAUGAACGAGGCCAGUGUCUCCGUGCAGGUCUAUGAUUUCCACCUCCGCGUAUCCGGUCAAGACACCAGCAAAUACACGUUCAAGGCAUACGAUGAGGUGCAUCUGGCCCCGAUGGGCUUCUUCCAACCGACUAUCUUCGAUAAUACUCUAAAACUCAAAGGACGAAGAAACUUGAUUUCCCGCUCGGUAGACAUCUACGACGGGCAACCGAACGAUCCGACAUCUGCAGCUCAGUCCGAAAUCCUGACCGCCCUUGCUCCUCCAUCCCCGAGCCAGGUCAACGGCGAGAGUCAGCCGAACUCUCUGGAUGUGCAAUCAACGCCAAGCCGCUCGCAACAAGUUAAUGCCCUCAGCCGUGUGCAGGAACUAGACGCUACCCCUCGAUCCUCCGUGGCCGGCUCCCCCGUCCCUGAGGCUGUCGGCACGCCCCAAGCUGGAGGCACUAGCACCCCUAUUGCCGGCGGACAAACUCAGAACGUGUCGCAACCGCGGGCACCGGCAGUCGAAGAACGCGACGACAUUCUCCCGGUUUAUCCGCUUGAUAAUGCGAUUCUCACUUCCAUCGCCCAUGCGACUCGAUCAGAUGAACGUAAAAUGCGCGACUUCCUCGGUGGUAUCAUGGUUGUGGGAGGAGGCAGCCAAAUCAACGGCUUUCAUUCAUUCCUGGAGGAGCGGCUUCAGGCUCUUCGGCCAGGGUUUGCCAAAGAGAUCAUGAUCGGCUCUCCGCCACGAGACCUCGACCCGCAAGUAGUUGUUUGGAAAGGUGCCAGCAUCUUUGGCAAACUGAGCGGCACGAAUGACAGCUGGAUCGGGCAGCUGGAGGCACCUUCCGCUGUGUACACUCCGCCGGCGACUGAUCCCCCUCAGUUCGAUCUUUUCGGAACCCUUGCGACCAAAAUGUCGAAAUCUAAGGAUGGUGGCUCCUCCGGGGGCUUUCACCAGGAGUACAUCGCCUCAACGCGCUACCGCAAUGAUCUACCUCCUCCGGACAUGCCCCCCAAAUUUCUGGAUAUUCCGCACGAGGGCUUAGGCCGAUUCCUCACUCCGGGAUUUGCUUCCAGUCUUGCGAGACGUGAAGAGCCAAACAUUGAUGUGGACGCGGAGGGUGGUAUGCCGAUUGAUCUCGUCGGUAUCCCGGGGCUUCAUCUGGGCGAUGAAAGUGCUAUCAUGGCUCCGGAAAACCCCGACCCAAUUGAUCCCGCCGACCUCCCUCUUCUGAUGACCCUAGACCAACUGAGAAACCCGGCGCCCAAGAACACAAAUGUCAGCUUUCUUCGUCGCACGCAAUACAUCUCCGCGGGAGUUCGCGCCCCUGAGGGCCCCAAGGUCACGCCCAUCAGAUCGAAGUCUCGUCAAGACGAGAAGACGAAAAUGUCCCAGGAUGAUCCCAUUUACAUCAAGAAGUACAUCCAGAAGGGAUUCGACAUUGCAUACCCGGAGAGUAAGCAUUCUGGGGAAGAUACGCCAAGCAGAGUCAAGGGUCACAACCCGACGAAACUUGAACACGAUGCAUGGGCUCAUCCUGUACACCCCGAUAACCCCAAGCUGAAGCCUGUUGGGUUCUUCCCGUUGCUUCCCGACCUAGCAGGGUUCCCCGAUCCUGGAGGCUUCGUUCAGUUCAAAUUUGACAAGGCGCCCGUCCAAGACAUUUCUGGCAAGCGAGAUAAGCGAAUGGAUGCUGCUGUUUUGCUGCCAUCUGCGCCCGAGGAGCGUGUUUGCCAGGAACAUACAACAAAAGCAACUCUGCACAAGACGAACCCCAGUCUAUACCCCGAUCCCGGCCCUGUUCCUUGGGAUUACGACCUUUUCCUUCCCGGGAAGGAGAACUCCAAGAACGUCCUUGCAAGCUUGCGCAUGACCAACCCUGAGCGUGACAACGAAGGUCUUUACGCUCACGAGGGCGCCGACAACACCAGAUUCCACCGAUUUGAUCGCGUGCGCACCUACGCUACGAGCGCCCAGACCCUUGGCAAUGACUCAAAGCAAAGAGAUGUCGCAUUGACUAUUUUCGACCCGUCGAAUUCCAACGAAGAACACGAGGGCAAGCAGAAGGCGGCCUAUUAUUACCCCAUCCUCGGAAAGACACGUCUCAAGCCGGAGCGAGCCCGUACUAUUGCGCAGGCCGGUCUGGCCCCUACGCGCCCGAAGACCAAAGAGGACCAGGUUGAUCAAAUUCAAGUGGUCGUUCGCGAUCCAGAUGAGGCGGAGGUGUACAAACGAGGAUUGCACAGGGCAGCCAUUGAUCCUAAGUUCGCGAAAACCAUGCCGCCGGCACCCGAGGGCGCAGCCGAUGAACCAGAGUCGCCCCAUGAGUAUGCCGAGGCAGACGACCGCGAGCCCAGUGUUGACCGACAAUCAAUAGAUCAGGAUGCACCCGGUGAGGCAGAUAGGAUGAGUGGCGACGAGUGA